AUGGCAGAACCAAGAAGAAAUACAGGUACAUUUUUACGUACGGUUGAAUUCAUUACAACUGUUGCAAUCAUGGGUCUUAGUGGCAGUGUUUUGGCAAAAGUUGGCCACAACAUUCCGAGAGUUUCAUUCACAACCACCGUGGCUGCCAUUGACAUCCUUUACUUGGGUUACGUGGGUCUUUUUGUUCCUGUUGCAUUGAACAACACCACACCUUCAUUCAUCAUUUUGGGUGCUCAAGGAGCAGUUUGGAUACUUUAUCUUGGGUCAUGGGCUGCUAUUGCUGCUAAUUUUCCCACCGACUGUAGCACUAAUUCCUGGGAAAAUAGUUCAAGAGCUACAUGUCGUGCUUAUCAAGCAUUGCUUCCAUUUUCAUUGUUUAAUUGGCUUUUGUACGGUAUUGAGGGUGCUUUAUUCCUUGGUUAUAGCUAUAUUAAUGAGGUUACAAACUAUGGGUUGGGACAUACUUUCAGACCCAGCCCAUUUUAUUGGGGAUCAAUAUUUGCCAUUGAUCUUGGUCUUAUUCGUCAAUGUUGUGGUAUGAUAAUUUCCAGUCGUUCAAUAAGAAGAAAAGAAAAACACCGUGGUGAUCUCGAGGAUGGAGCUGCACAUAGAGACGGUGAGAUUGUUGCUGCUGAUGCUACUGGUGAGGAUAGUAACAAUUUGGCCGAAGAGGAGGCAAAAGCAGUUGCUGAGGAGCAGGCUGGACCAAGAGGAAAUACUACCAAUAACACUGUUCGUGGCUCGGCCCCAGUUCAUGAUCGUACUUCCAUUCAGAGCAAUAGAACUGCAACUGGGGAGCCAAUUGGCAGAGUUUAG